GUGUGAGCGUGGUUAAGUCCAUUUUGAGCUGGUGCAUCUCUCUGUCCCAGUGUCUCGUGUCUCUUCCCUCUCCCACAGUCCGCGACUCAUCCGCACGAAAACAUCAGAACAGGAGAGACAGGAGAAAGAAAAAGCCUCUCAGCACUAAAGAAAACCGAGGUGCCACGAAAAAAAAAACUCGAUUUCUUUGCUAAAAAACAAAAAAAAAAUUGCUCACUGUACCCUUCUGGUCUCUGUUAUCUGUUCUGUGUUGUCAUGCACCCAUCCAUGGCUGUCUACUACACUGCACCCUUCGGCUUGUCGGUUGUAUCUUUUGGGCGGGCGGUUCACGUUGAGGCGAAUGGCUUGUCGGCCCACUCUGCCCACUUCUUCGAACCUGCUCCAUACAUGUCAUGAAUCCAUCUGUGUCGUGCGGUGGAUGACUCAUUUUACCAGGAAGGUAGAAGUUGUAUGCGGUCUCGGUGUCGCCCUCCACCACGUAGGCCGUGGCCGAGUAGUUUCCCGAAAUGGAGCCGGUUGAGCCCUCCGGGAGGGUCGCCUUGGCAAGGUUCGGGCGCUCCCGGUACUAAAUCCAAGCAUAUAGACGCAUUGCAUGUGUGGGUAAUCUCCUUUGACUCUCUCGCUGGGCACCUGGGGUUUCAAGGUGCACAUCAUUCCGCCCUGCUCUGCCGUCUCCUCGACCACCCGCUGUUCGCCGCACAUCUCCUCCGCGGUGGAUUUGUCGAUGCACUUGCCGCGGAAUACCGGGCGAGUCUUGUAGAAAUCCAACUGAAUGAUGUCAAAAGAGAGGAAGGGUCCCAGCGCGUGCAUUAUCAAACAUGUGUGUGGACGGACCUCAAACUCGGUGUACGUGGGCCCAGUGUUGUACACAGCGCAGAUCUGAUUCAAGCCCUCCUUGACUGUACAGGGGUCAACCAUCUUGUGCGGGAGGUAGAAGAAGUUGACCGCACCCGGCGUCGUGGUGUGCUUCCGCGUCAUCUGCACGCGGCAGACCUGGACGGCCCCGGCAUCGUCAUGGUGACCUGCAUCGUGCAACCAUCAAUUGCAUGCAUCACUUCCAUGUCGUUGAUUGUGGGCAGCAGCAAUACUGCCGCAACCUACCUGCCUUGCCGGCCUCUGCAAUGUGAGUUUCCGUGUGCAGGGAACCGCCCCAUGCGGCAGCAGUGCCAACGAGGAGAACCACCACCGCGACGGCGAUCAACAGGCUCACGGGUUGUAUUCUUACUGAAGAUGGGCGAGCCAAACUAACACAACGGUGGCGACGAGAGACGAGAGAAGGCCCCCACGGCGUCGGGGCCUGCAGGCAGCCUCGCCGUCUCGACACCUUUGGCCUCUUUGGAGGCCAUAUCCAUGCUCAGAUUGACC